AGGGAGAGAGAGCGCCCAAGAUGGCCGCUCCCGCUGUGGGGCAGAGCCCAGAGCAGCCGUCGGUGCUGCUCCCGCAGCUCUCCAUGGAUCUGCUGCAAGCACACAUUAAAGUUGAAAAUGAAGAUGAUGUACACUUCGUGUCUUUUAAUCGCAAAGAAGCACCCUUUGUGAAAGUUAAAAAGUCUAUAAACAGCAGAAAGCCCCGCUAUGAUGGAUCAUUGGUUCAUUUGACCAGGAGAUUCAUGGACCUUGUCAAAGUCUCACCAGAAGGUGUUCUUGAUUUAAAUGAGGUAUCUCGGACACUAGGAGUGCGGAAGCGAAGAGUGUAUGAUAUCACAAAUGUGCUGGAUGGAAUACAUCUUAUUCAGAAAAGGUCCAAGAACCUUAUCCAGUGGGUUGGAUCAGAUAUUAAGCAAAUUACUAUCAGGACACCAGAGCAUCAAAAGUUAAGAGAUGAACUUUAUGACUUAACAGAAAUGGAAGAAGCAUUAGAUGAAUUAAUCAAGGACAGUGCUCAUCAGUUGUAUGAUUUAACAGAUGACAAAGAAAAGGCAAGACUAGCUUAUGUAACCUAUCAAGAUAUCCGUAGCAUUCAGACGUUUCAAGAACAGAUUGUUAUUGCAAUCAAGGCUCCAGAAGAAACCAAAAUGGAGGUACCAGCUCCUAAACAAGACUGCAUAGAAGUACGCAUCAAAAGCACAAAGGGACCCAUUGAUGUUUAUUUAUGUGAAGUGCCAUUGGAGGAUGCAAAUGCUGAUGUUUUGAAAAAUAUGGAUAACAUUUCGUGCGAAAGUAGACAGGCAAUGGAUGAUUAUGGAGUGAGCAAUAUCAGAGAUACGAAGAACUGCUAGACUACUGAGGCAUUUGAUUACUGAACUUCCACUUCAUGGACUUCCCUGGAUGUGCUUCAUGGAGGGCCAGUGCAGGCACCACAAAUUUCUGUCUCAACUACAGUUAAGAGAACAAGAGCAGGCACUGGAUUUGCGGGCUCUGCCUUGAGCUAAUAUUUCCCCCCUAACCUUUCCUUUGGCACAGAAAUUGAGGGUAAAGUAGCAUCUUGCCUUCUCCUUUUCAUGCUGGUUUUGCUCUGGAAUAAUGUGUUCACAACUAAAUGAUGAAGUUAUACUGUGCUGUCAUGGGGGGAAAAUCCUUAAAUUAAAAAUCUGAAAACAUGGAUUAGGGUUGUCAUUUUAUACAGGUCUUGUGUGCCGCAUAUUAUAGCCACCCUAAACCAUUUCAUGUGUCAUUAAACAACCUCUCUUUCAUCUUCAUACAUGGAAGUGGCAAUGAACAUGAAGCUGUAAUCAACUGCUUAAUAAAAAAAAGUUACCUCUUCAGAACUGACUGACCCUGGAACAAAACAUGCUCAGUAAGGGACCAUUUUUGAAGAAAUGCACUUUAGUUCUGAAGCUGCGCUGUUGCCCAGUGGAAUUGUUAAACCAUUGUUCCACUGUAAAGAUUUGGAAAAAUGAAAUGUUUCACACAAGAACAAGACUACAGAAAACAAGGUAUUUUUGUUUUCAUUAAAUGGAUGUUGUUCAUGUGAUAUGCCUUGAGCUCUGUAUGAAACUGGGUUGAAGUCCUGAAGAAGCUGAAAUUGCUUGGUUCAUGUGUAUAUAUGUAUAUUAUGUUUAAAUGGUUAUCAGUGGAAAUUUGGGCUGCCUCUGUACAGUAAAAUAGAAAUAAACACUAA